AACGAAGAGUAGUCAGGAAGAUAGAUCUGUCGUCCUAGUGAAGCAAGGUACGUUGCUCAUAUUUUUCUGUGUGUAUGUGUGGGUCUGUCUUAUCUUUAUGCUGCACUCAGUUUUUUCAUAAACCUCCCGGUAGGUAUCCAGUCUCAGUCACAAUUUUAUUUCAACACGUUGAAAUUCUCUUCACGUACAUUCUUAUAACACAUCUUAUGAUGUUCCACUAUUAAGACUAGUCAAAUCAAUAUUGAAAUGAUAGUUUAGCUCGACUGAUCACUGAUGAAUACUUAUUCAUAUGGUGUCUGGCGCUUGGCGUUGAUUGAAGUCUAUGAGUGAAGGUUUUUAUGUGAUAAAUAAGCUAACCAUUCCCACUGAUGUCGUAAUGCAUUUAGUAAUCAUUCAUAUCUUUCAUUCACUACACUGAGUUUCUCUUUAUGUAUAUUUUUAUUUCACAUUUUGUGACAUACUACUAAUAACAGUAUUCAAAGAAUAUUUAAGUAGUUGUUUAUUCUUAUUGCCUGAUGAGGAAUAAUUAUUCUUAUGUUGUAUAGUCUUUAAUAUUCAUUAAAGUUUGUAACAUACUCAGGAAGCUUAGAAUUCCCACUGUUGUCGUAUUGCAUUUAGAAUUGGUUUCACGCAAUUAAACUAAUCCACAGUCGAAUUGUUUUACAUAUGAAACACUGUUCGCCUAGUACAAAUCACCUGACGCAUUUUAUCAUAACACGAAUAUGCAGAAAUUAGAUAUUACCUUUGGUAAUAAAGAUUAUGUGAGGAAUCGUCACUAGUUAGAGAGAGAGAGAGAGACAGUGGAAGGCAAUCAGUAAGGGUCGACACAUUCAUCAUUCAACUUCAGGGUUAUCGACUUCAUGGAUUUUCGUUUUGAUGAAGUGUUCCAUACUAGGGCGAACCAUCUGUCCUGUUCUUACUUCAUCAUUCAUAAUUGCCUCAAUUGAUCCGUUUUACUCUUUUGAUAUCGUCUUUGUUGAUAAUGGAAAUUCGUUUCUAAAGUUAUUCACUCUCAAAUAUGAAUUGACUUUCAACAAUGCUUUUGUACAAUUUAGAGUCUUUCAAACCAUGGGAAUUUUAAUUCUGAGUGCGUUGGUCAUACUCCAAUGUGUAAUUAUCUCUACUGAAGCUGAUAAGACCUUGUUACUGCAUGUACGUUGGCUGCCAACUCACUGUUACCACCAAGAGUGCCAAGUGGAAGAUGGUCAGAAAUGGGAUAUUUCGAAACUCAGAUCGUUGCCUCAAUUGGAGUGGCUCAGUGACAGCUGUCCAAAUUCGCCCUUUGGAUUUUGGAAUUAUGACUUCGACACUAUAACUGAAUUGUCGAAAUAUUGGAGCAAUCCUUUGGAUGAAUUCAUGCAUCACGACCAUCUGUAUAGAGAAUAUGCAACAUGUACCGUUGUCGAUAGCGAUGGACCAUCUCCAAAUCUUUAUUUCAACCGUGGAAUAGACCUCUUCAAACUCGCGUCACCUAGAACAAUAUCGAUCAGAGAAGGUGAAACUUACUCAACCAGAGAUUUCGAGCAUUCGUUGAAGAACAAAUAUCAUGCUCAACCUAAACUCAUCUGUGCUGAGAAUGAUUAUAAUAAAACUUUCCUCCACGAAAUAGUCUUCUGUUUCAAUGAGCAUUCAACACUUGUCGACUGUCCCGCCGAAUAUGCAAAUGAUCUCCAAGAGUAUGUACAAAGCAUAUUUGACCACUCUGAAAGUGAAUAUAGCGAACAGAUUCAUCAACAGAAAGUUUGUGGAGAUUCAUUCAUUGUACCAGAAUAUAAAAUGGCUGAAACACCCAUAGAAGAACCUGAAGUUGAUUAUUCAGAAGAUACUUCAUCCUCUUCAUCAUCAUCAUCAAACAUAUUUUCAGGUUUCUGGAAUUGGUUUUGGGGUGUGUAAGACAAUCAAUCGACUGUGUGAAGGAAUGCAGACAAAAUAUGCACAGACGAUUUUGCUUUCAGUAGAUUUAGUGAUCUCCGCUAUUAUCAGCACAAAACUUGUCGUGUGAAUUCUCCUUUUUAAAUUUAUAUUUAUUUUUCAAGUCAUAAAAGUUGUUAAUAUAAUGA